AUGGAGCGCACAGCAGGCAAGGAACUCGCCCUGGCGCCACUGCAGGACUGGGGCGAGGAGACCGAGGACGGUGCGGUGUACAGUGUCUCCCUGCGGCGGCAGCGCAGUCAGCGCUCAAACCCAGGAGAGGGACCUGGGGGCAGCCAGACCACCACCCUCACUGCGGACACCUUCCUCCACUAUCGCACCAGCAAGGUGAGGACACUGAGGGCAGCGCGGCUGGAGAGGCUGGUAGGAGAGUUGGUGUCUGGAGACCCUGAGCAGGACCCAAGCUUCAUGCCAGCCUUCCUGGCCACCCACCAGGCCUUUGUGCCCACCGCCCAGGUGCUGGGCUUUCUGCUGCCACCAACACCACCUCCCCCACCUCCUGGGGUACAGAUCCAGAAAACAGAGGGACUAGAUCUAAGCUUCAACAAGAACCUGAGGGCUGUGGUGUCUGUUCUGGGCUCCUGGCUACGUGACCACCCUCUGGAUUUCCGAGACCCACCUGCUCACUCUGACCUGAGCAGUGUCCGAACCUUUCUGGGCUGGGCAGCCCCAGGGGGUGCUGAAGCCCAAGAGGCAGAGAAGCUUCUGGAAGACUUUUUGGAGGAGGCUGAACAAGAGCAGGAAGAUGAGCAGCUCCCAGUGUGGGCAGGACCUCCUAGAGCUGCCCAAAGCUCUGGCCCAGCCUCCCAAGAGGGCUUCCUGGAGGAAGAGGAAGGCCUUGUGCAGGAUGGUCCUGAGCUCCUGGACUUCAGCGUAGAUGAGGUGGCUGAGCAGCUGACCCUUUUGGACGUGGAGCUCUUUUCGCGGGUGAGGCCCUGUGAGUGCCUGGGCUCCGUGUGGUCCCAGAGAGAUCGGCCUGGGGCCGCCGGCGUCUCCCCCACUGUGCGCGCCACGGUAGCCCAGUUCAACAAGGUCAUUGGCUGUGUGCUGGGUUCCGUGCUUGGGGAGCCAGGCCUGGCCGCCCCGCAGAGGGCGCAGCGGCUGGAAAAGUGGAUCCGCAUUGCCCAGCGCUGCAGAGAGCUGCGGAACUUCUCCUCCUUACGAGCCAUCCUGUCCGCCCUGCAGUCUAACCCCAUCUACCGGCUCAAGCGCAGCUGGGGGGCCGUGAGCCGGGAACCGUUGUCCACUUUCAGGAAACUUUCCCAGAUUUUUUCAGAUGAGAACAACCACCUCAGCAGCAGAGAGAUUCUUUCCCAGGAUGAGGCCAGUGAGGGACCCCGAGAGGAGGACACCCCCAAAGGAACCUCAAAACCACCCCCAGGCCCUGUCCCCUACCUUGGCACCUUCCUCACGGACCUGGUUAUGCUGGACACAGCCUUGCCGGACAUGUUAGAGGGGGAUCUUAUUAACUUUGAGAAGAGGAGAAAGGAGUGGGAGAUCUUGGCCCGCAUCCAGCAGCUGCAGAGGCGCUGUCGCAGCUACAGCUUGAGUCCCUGCCCGACCAUCCUGGCCGCCCUGCAUGCCCAGCACCAGCUCAGUGAGGAGCAGAGCUACCGAGUCUCCCGUGUCAUUGAGCCUCCAGCUGCCUCCUGCCCCAGCUCUCCACGUGUCCAGCAGCGGAUCAGCCUCACUAAGCGCCUCAGUGCGAAGCUGUCCCGAGAGAAAGGCUCAUCCUCUGGUGGGAGUCCUGGGGAUCCAUCAUCACCCACCUCUAGUCUGUCCCUGGCAUCCCCCCCAUUGAGUCCUAGAACUAAGGACCCUCCUCCUGGCAGUCCUCCAGCCUCCCCAGGGCCCCAGAGCCCCAGCACCAAGCUGCCCCAGAGCCUGGACCUGCCAGGCUCUCAACCCUUGGCCUUGCCCCUGAGUAGCCCUCAAAUCCCUCUCCUGGAACUCCUGAUCCCUGACAAUGCCAAUGUCUUCUAUGCAAUGAGUCCAUCUGCCCCUGGAGACUUCAUACUGCGGCAGAAAGAUGGGAGAAGGCACACCCCAUCUCUCUCCCCAACCUGA